ACGUCAUGCAUGAAUUACCACAAACUCACUGCAUCACUUUCAUCAGCGUGCCUUUGCACAGACUAGAUUAUUAUCGUAUUUCAAGUUUCUUUCCCGAAUAAGUCCUUCAGAAGUUUGGGAAAAAUGGUAUUCUUUAUCCUGCACUUAUUUGUGUUCUGGCUAUCUCAACAUCUGAUCCUGUGCGAACAAACAUUCGGGAGAAAAGUCGGUUCAUUUCAACAAAAGUCUCAUCAGGUUCGUGGAGAUGUCUUCGCGGUCAACAGCACGACAUUCCUGUUAAAAAACUUCAUGUACGAUGGUCUUGGACGGGAUACGUAUUUCUUCGUGGGAACAUCCACUGAACCGUCGGAGCGCGGCACCCUCGUUCCCAACGAGCGCGGGAAGACCAAUCUGCUCCGACAGUACACCGGCGAAGACAUUCUCAUCACUGUGCCCCCGGGCAAGCCCAUCUCCGAGUUCAAGUGGCUGGCUGUCUGGGAUGUCAGUGAGCAGAAGAGUUUCGGGGAUGUACAGAUCCCGGGUGACUUCGAAGCGCCACGCGAACAAAUUGUUGGGCCGCUAUUGCAAACGUAUCACAAUGUUAAAUCCGAGGACAUCAAAGUGAUCGAUGCCAAGACGAUUAAAAUUCCCAAGUUCUACUUUGACGGUGCCGCGGAUGCUAUUUUUUGGGCAGGCGUGGGGCAGCUGCCAUCGUCGCAUGGACUUCAGGUGCCGACAGAAAGCGGCUACGACAAAUUGUCCCGCUACACCGGCCAGACGGUGACCCUGCGCCUACCGGGCGAAACCACCGUCCUCGUUAUCGACUGGCUGUGCGUCUGGGAUCCGACUUACAGCCAGAGCUACGGCUACGUGAUGAUCCCGGCCAACAUGAAUAUACCGCCGUCCAUGGGCAACCUGGUGGGUAUUGGCUACUCCCGUCUGCCCAACUGUGAGCGCCUCCAUCAGCGGUUGCAGGUCAGUUGGGAGGUUUUUGGCGGCUUUCUAACCAUCCAACUGGCCGGUCUACUGGAGUCCAACGAGUACAUGGCCUUUGGAUUCAGCGGCAGUAACAACAUCUCCACCAUGGUCGGGGCGGACGUUGCCGUGGCAUGGUGGGACGGUGUGGGAAAAGUCGAGGACUACUUUGUCACUGCCAGAGCACCGUGCUCCGAUAUCGCGGUCGGCAAUGCCAAGCGGGGCGGUGUGUGUGCGGAUACGGCGCUGGGCGGGAUAAACGAUCUGAUGGCACUGGAAACCAAACGAGAGAACGGGCUGACCAUCAUCUCCUAUCAGCGCCCACUAAAGACCACCGACGUCAAUUUCGACAGGAUGAUCGUUCCGGAGGAAUUAGUGUUCAUUAUCUGGGCGAUUGGUCCACUGGACACGCAACUCUUACCGUCGAAACAUACGCUCUACUCCCGAUCCGACCGCGCGUUCCGUUUCAGUCGACCCAACGAGAAGAACUGCGAUAAAUUCGACACCGGUAUCGUUCGCAACCGGCAAGUGCCGUGGCCGGGGAUUAAACUGACCGGCGAGCAUACACAGACGUUUGUAGCGCAGAUCGGUCCAUCGGGCGGAGAAAAGGGCUACGCGGGAUUAACUGGCUUCCGGUCUUGGGGCCUAGCGUGGUACAUUAAUGGUUCGCUGAUCCCCGAACUCGUUCUGAAACGCGGAGUCAAAUACCGCUUCUUCAUUCAGGGCGGGAAAAAUCCUCAGACUCUCGAGUAUUAUCAUCCCUUUUACAUUACCUCUGAGCCAGAAGGCGGAUUCGCUCAGAAGAAAGAAGCAGACCGCAUCCGGGUGCGCUUAUUCGCCGGUGUGCGCCGUGGAGCGAACAAUGACUACGAAGCCACGGCAGUCGGACCUCUGUGUCUUUGGAAAGAGCUGACGAAUAAUGUCAAACCGGAGGAUUACUCCAAUUUCUUUGGAUAUAAACGCCAGCUCGGUUUUGUAUGUGAAUCGGGUCAACCGGGCAUUCUGGAGUUCACACCGGACGCGACGACGCCAGAUGUCGUUUUCUAUCAAAGCUAUACUCAGCGGAAUCUGGGAUGGAAGAUUACUAUAGUGGAUGCGUUUGAGGAUCCCAUAACGCAUCAAAGAGUGGGCGCGUCGGCAGAAGGCGAAAGGGGCGGUGCCGUUGCGAACGUCCCAAGUGUAGUGUCACUAUUCUGUUUAGCGUGGGCAAUGGUAUGGUGGUUUUAGCGCUGUUGGACGUAAGCUAUUUUGUUCCCAUUACAAGACUCAUAUGGCUGUGAUACUCUGGAUUAAACUCAUUUGAAAAUA